GAGCAGGAGAAUGGAUGGAAUCUGGAGAAGAAGCAGAGCAGAGCAGAGCAUGGAAUUUGAAUUUGAAUCGCAUUGCAGCGUUUGUUCGUGGCACGUCGAGAGGAGGAAUGCCAGGGUCAUCCGAAAUUGGACUAAUUUUGGGCUCUCGAUGGCUGGGCUCGAUGUUUUCGAUGCUGUUGUUGCCUCCUCUGCUGCUGCUGGUCGUGAUCGCUUGAGUCACCUUGCGGCUGGCUGUUCAGAAGAAGGAAAUCGGAAUUCCUGCAGAUCGAGCCCUGCUUGUGGGAGAUCGUAGGGGAAGUAUUGGGAAUUCGGCGUGCGACCGAAUGUAAGAGAAUCCAUGGCAGAAGAGCCGGACGAGGUCGAUGUAAGCAGUGAUGUCAGAAAAGAUAAGCGGGCAGGAGGAGGAGGUGGAGGGAUUGCUGUGAGGAAUUAUCGCGGCAGCGAUGAAAAGGAUCAUGUAGGGUCUGCGUCAUCUUCUGGCGCUGGGCCGAAAUUGAGGUCCCGCAAGGUGGGAACUCCUCGACGAUACAUGGACGGAGACGAGGACGUGGGCAGCGCAAGCGCAAGCGGAGCUACUGAAGCAAUGUCUGAACAAUUCAUACCAGUGGGUCAGGCGACCAAGAAAGCCGAAGACCGGCACCAUCAUCAGUUUGUUCCGUCCGAGACUGUCUCGAGGACCGCAGGGAAGGAGGUGGAAGUUCGACACUGUGAUAUCUCAGGGCACGAGCACAAGGACUGCUGGGCUUGCAACAGAGGAGACGGGCGUGGUCACGAUGAGAGUUGCCAUGCUGAUAAAGUGCAGGUCAUUAGAAGCGUGAGUGUCAAGAAGGCACUACGAGUCAUCGCCCCCGCUGGGAUGGUGGAGGGCAGGAAAGCGUGGUCAUCUUCCACCUCCGGCGGCCGAGACCGCUUGUUGCUGUCCACGGCCCCGGCUGAAUCCAUGGAUGGCUUGCGACCAAAAGGAGGAAGAGGAAUUGGUGUCUCUGAGACGGAAAGCUCCGAUUGGGCACCAUCUCCCAGGAAUCCCAAUGCUUCCUUCUCGUCCGAACUAGAUGGUCAGGGCAGGACCUCUCCUAGUCGCAGGCGCCCCACCCGUCGGUCCAAACAAAAGACCAAAAGGGUGGACCCCAACUCCGUCCAAAAUCAUACAUCUACAGUAAAUGAGGGAAAUCUAGGUGUGGCCUCCAACUACUCAUAUCAGCUCCCGCAGACACACCUGUCGAUGAUUGCAAGGGCACGAAGUAAAGAAACGUUGGAAGCAUUACGUUCAUACAGGCGAAUGUCAGAAUGUAAACCACCACUCGCAGUCUCAUCAUAAAGACUCGUUGCUCCUCCUGGACAGUUUUUUUUGCCUGAUUUUAACUCU